AUCACACAAUGUGACAACGUUAGUAGCAAGGCUUACACGAUGCAACGUUAGCAUGUUUCCUUGCUCUCGUUCCGUCGUCCCCGGGUCUUCCGUGUUGACAAACGUUACGUCACUUUCUUUAGGUGGGGCGGGCGCUGUGUUGUUGCGGCUGUCAUCGUGCGAGACAUUAAGACAUAUUCUACGCCGUCUAGCCUUGGAUUAAAACGACGGGGACAUUUUUACUUCAUCGAUUCACGGGGUCCUGCUGUUUGCUAUUUUUUAUUGAGCUUAUUUCGAAUCAACAUGGGGAGCUGCUUAACUGUCGGGCCGAACGAAGCUCUGGUGGUCUCGGGUGGCUGUUGUGGCUCUGAUACAAAGACCUACGCCGUGGGAGGCUGGGCUUGGGCGUGGUGUCUCAUCUCGGACACCCAAAGGAUGACCCUGGAGAUCAUGACUCUGCAGCCCCGAUGUGAGGAUGUGGAGACUGCAGAGGGGGUUGCCAUCACUGUCACGGGGGUGGCUCAGGUGAAAGUGAUGACCGAGCAUGACUUACUGGCGGUAGCCUGUGAGCAGUUCCUGGGUAAAUCAGUCAUGGAGAUUAAAGCUGUGGUCCUGCAGACUUUGGAAGGACAUCUGCGCUCCAUUCUAGGUACCUUGACUGUGGAGCAGAUCUAUCAGGACAGAGACCAGUUUGCCAAACUGGUGAGGGAGGUAGCGGCUCCAGACGUGGGCAGGAUGGGGAUCGAGAUUCUCAGCUUCACCAUUAAAGAUGUGUAUGACAAACUGGAUUACCUGAGCUCUCUGGGAAAGACCCAGACUGCCGCCGUACAGAGGGACGCAGACAUCGGCGUGGCCGAGGCAGAGAGGGAUGCUGGGAUACGGGAAGCAGAGUGUAAGAAAGAGAUGAUGUACGUCAAAUUCCAAGCUGACACCAAGAUGGCCGACUCCAAACGGGAACUGGAGCUGCAGAAAGCUUCUUUCAACCAGGAAGUCAACACUAAGAAAGCCGAGGCCCAGCUGGCUUACGAGCUGCAGGCAGCCAAGGAGCAGCAAAAGAUCCGCCUGGAGGAGAUCGAGAUCCAAGUGGUGCAGAGGAAGAAGGAGAUCACCAUCGGGGACAGGGAGGUCGAUCGGACGGACAAGGAGCUCAUCGCCACAGUCAAGAGGCCUGCUGAGGCAGAGGCCUACAAGAUGCAGCAGCUGGCUGAGGGGCACAAGAUAAAGACGGUGCUGAUAGCCCAGGCUCAGGCAGAGAAGAUCAAGAGGAUUGGAGAGGCGGAGGCGUGCUCCAUCGAAGCAGUGGGCAAGGCGGAGGCUGAAAAGAUGAGGCUGAAGGCAGAGGCCUACCAGCAGUACGGAGAAGCAGCCAAGACAGCUCUGGUCCUCGAGGCCUUGCCCAUGAUUGCUUCCAAGGUGGCGGCGCCAUUAGCCAAGACCAACGAGAUCGUCAUCCUGAGUGGGGAGAGCAGCCGCACGACGAGCGAGGUCAACCGCCUGCUGGCUGAACUCCCCGUGUCUAUCAAUGCUCUUACCGGAGUGGAUCUGUCAAAGAUCCCGUUGCUGCAGAAGAUGACCAGCGCUCAUGCCUAAGACGACCACACACACACACACAAUUCCAGUGUCCGUAUAACACACUCUUAUGGACAGCCUUUAAUACACUUGAAGAAUUCUGUUGUUUUAUACAUAUGAAUAUACUGUAUACCAAGUGAAUUGGAAACCUCUGGUGCCUUACUUUAUACAGGGCCAGAAUAUCUGAACGCACUGCUGCUCAUUCAAAAGAUUUCCAUUUUUUUAUUUCAGUUUUAACAUGUUUUUUUUGUGAUUUAAUUUAUUUUGUAUUUGGAUUGUUUAUGUUAGCCUGUUUUCAUUAAAUCCCAUUGAAGAGAGCUGCUGUUACACUGGUGUGACGGCUGACGUACCAGCUGUGUCCCCCUAACACCUCGUCUAUGGGGUCGGCUUCCUCACACAACAGGGCCUCUGCUCUCACUUCUUACACUCUGCAUGCGGCUGGCCUUCUUGAUUUGUACGCCUCUGUCUUUAUCGUAAGACACCUCAGCUAUCACAAUAUUUGUAUUAUUAUUAUUUAUUAUUUAUAUAUUGUACAUGUUGUAAUUUGUAACUAUUUAUGUUAUUAUACACGUUGAUUUUUUUGUACAAUGUCAGAGGUGCUUGAAAUCUUAUAAGACCCCCCCCCCCCCCCUUCAUCUUGUGCAAUUGUUUAAUCUUCUAAAAACUGUUGGUAUCAGGCUCUAUACAGAUAAUUAUUAUUCAUACACUGGCAGGGAAACGGGAUGCAAAAUCUGAUCUGAGUUUGUGGUCCUAUGAUAUUCAUAGUAGGUUUAAAUGUAGAGUUUAGUAUUCUUGGCUUGAUUAUGAUUUUUUUUUAAAGAAUUAUAUAAAAGCGUGGGGGAAAAGGCUUUCAAUGGUAAAUUGUCAAAGAGGACCGGCUUAGAGUUGUGUGAUGUUAGUUGGUAUUAUGUGGGGAAAAACUGCUUGAUGUAAAUAUAUUCUGAAAAUGAAAAGGCCAAACAGUGAUGCCAAAUAGAAUAGAUUGUCUUUUAAUUUUCAUAUUAUGAGAAGGACUUUGGGACACUGCAUAGUUAAUCAAUAGAUAUCCGUAGAUGCUAAGAAGCCAUGUCCAACCUUUCAUAGAAACUUUAUUUUCAAUGUCCUGCAUCGAUUUAUUUUAUAUGUUUGUUUUUUCAUCACUGACAUGUAAUAUAUAUAAGGAGCUUCUAGCAGAGUACUUCUGACUUAUCAAAACAUGUUUUGUCCACCUAAGCAUAAGUUAUGCCGCUGUUUGCAAAUGGUCAAGAUGCUUUGUUGUUUUUGGUGUCUAAUGCACCAAAAGUGUCAGUGCAGCAUUAGUAACGUUUUUUUAGAAUUGAAGAAAUCUGCCAUGAAAUGUGUUUCACCCACUUAGACACUUCCAGAAGAACUGAACCCUGCUCGUCUCUUUGCCAAGCUGUGAAGAGCUGCACUCACUCACCUCAAACUAGCAGGACAGCGCUCAUUUGUUUUUAGGCACAAAAAUAACUUAUGGUAGUUUGUAUGUGCGGCUGAACAGCCGGUAUGGACAUCAUUUUCAAAUAGGACUGUUAUUGGUGUUGUUAAUAUUAUUUGUUUUGGUGCUCCUGAGUUUAUUUAUAUUUAUGUCAUUCUUUGCUCAUAUAGUGACUCGACAAAUACUGUGACCAUAAUGACUUGUUUGGUUGCAAAUGUGUCCAGUGUCUUUGUGUGUGUGUAUAUAUCUAUAUUUAUAUAGAUAUAUAUAUCUAUGUAAAUUACAUAUUUGUGUUGUAUAUCCCAAUGUUACUUACAACACUUACACUGUAUGUCUCCAACGACAAUGACUUUCUGUAUGCUCUUGCUGCAUGUCAUACGCCUGUGCUCUGAAACAUCCUUUCUCUGAUCUAAUUGUCAUUCUAAUAAAUCGCAAAUUCCAUGA